AUGAUGCAAACUGUAACCCAUUUGAAAGGUGCACGAAUCUCAUUUGCGUUCCAACUAAUGAUGAUUGUCCUGAUGAGUGUAACAUGUACCACUGGUGUACUGACCAGGGGAUAUGCGUUCCUAAUAUGGGUUUACCAUGUGCUGUUGAGAUGGGAUGGAUUCCGUUCGGUACUUCGUGCUAUAAGACGGAAUGGUGGACUUAUGUACUGGAAUGGCCUCAACGUGACUGGAAGGUGGGCCGAUGGUACCGUAGUGGGUUUUACUAAUUGGCGAGCGAGCCAACCGGAUGGAUGUUGUCCUUUUUUUCCGAGACCGCAGUGCGUGUUAGUGAACUUUGCGAACAACAGAGGCCUAUGGGAUGAUGCCGGAUGCUUUUUGAAUCCUACCGUUAACUCUAUUCGUAGUGUGUGCAAGAAAGCACAGGGGUUGAUUCCAGUACCCCCUCCUGAUGUAGCCCCGCGCGUUUGCGAACGAGGAUGGACGCUAAAUGGAAGAUUUUGCUACCAAGCGGUCUCGUUCGUCGAGCUGGUGGAACGAGAUAUUGGAUUGGUCUUCAACAUUUCGCUGGCCAAAGUCGGUGGACUGAUGGAACUCCUUUCAAUUUCUCGAAAUGGCGCAUUUCUCAGCCAGAUGGCUGCUGCGGCGAAUAUGUACACUGUGCUUUUGCUAAUUAUGUGGGUGAUAAUGGAAUGUGGGAUGACACAGGAUGCCGAACCUCCGGCACUCAAAUCCAAUUUUUUUUUGUUUGCAAGAAAAGACAGGUGA